AUGCGCCUGAGGCAAGAGUUUCUGGAUGCGUUGAAGGAAUGCGGCGCGAGCGCUGCCCAGGGCAUCUCGUCGUUCGAAGGGAGCGAUGAAAAUCAGGGGCGACGAGAGCGCCGCAGCGCGGCGGCGAGUACGGCGACACCGUUCGGCAAGGCCGAAGGUGGCGGGGCCCGGGGAGAGAAUCUGCAGUAUUCUUCGGCGAAGGAAUCGAGUAGAAACGAGCAUGCGGCGUUCGGUCGGGUCGCGGGGGCUCCGCACAAUCUGGCCGAGGUGUCAUCGUCGCUCGGGCCAGCAGAAGCUCGCGCUGAAACAGAGCAAGCACGGUGGGAAGGGGAGAAAGAGAAGGGCUCCCAACGCCAAGUUCCGCGUCGGGGGGAAGUGGCAUACGAGAACGACGCCACCCGCCUCCAGAUAGAACAAGGGCGCCAGGGCGAGGGCGCAGAUCACUACCGCAUGGCCACGAGGCAGCAACAAGUUUUUCCCGGCGGUGAGAAAAGGCAAGGGGCCACGAUGGUUGCGGUGGCGGCGGUCGAGGAGGAGGGAAUGCGAGCUCAAAGGCCAGAUGCAAAACGUGUCGUACUUGGGGGAGCAGGAAGAGAGCCAGAAGAAAGGGGAUCGGCGGAAACGAACCGGGCCGACGGCAUGGUGAUAGACGGGGAAGACGACGGGAUGGAGAUCGACAGGCCCGCCCGCAGCGGGGAAGCCCGCCCGGGGGGCAUUCAGCGUAGAGUUGCCGACGUCGAUUUUGAGACGACAGACGGACAUUGGCCAGGGGAGCGUUCUCUGUCGAGACGGCGACGGCGGCAGGACGCCGGCGGUGAGGUUGUACCAGUUGAGGGGGGUGCGGAGGCAGCUCCCGGCCAGAACCAGGGGGCUGGGGUCGAGGUCGGGAACACCGGCGUGUGGGAACACAUGGAAGGAGAAGACGGCACUCCAACGGGCGGGACCAUCAUGAAAGUCAUGAUAGCUGGCAUUGAGGUGUCGGUCCCCUUGCCGCCAGAGGCCUUUUGCGCCUGGAAACAGCGAUCCUCGCCGGCGGGGCUGCCCGGGGCUGAGGAUGGCGAAAGCGACGACAGGGGCAGCAGCAGCAGCAGGACCCAAGCCGCCGCCACCGCCACCACCGACCGUCGACCAGUCGCGUUCACCACCAACAGCGAAUCCGAGGCAACACGAGGAGUAGCCCCCGGCGCCGCAAGCCUUGGCCGCGACGAUCGUACCCGUUCUUCUUCUACGCCGCGGGCCUUUUCCUCCGCCAAUGCAGUCGAAGGUAUCGCUAAGGUCGGUGCGUCUGAGGACGACCAGCAACGGCCAGACGCUGACACCACGAGACCGUUCGCUCCAGGAGAAGAUGAUUAUGACAAUGUUGGCGCUGGCGGGGUGCUGUCGGCGGGAGACAAUAUCAACGCCGGCGGCUCGGGCCCGGCACUAGCGUUGGGGAGUUACGACAAGACUUUCUCUGUGGGAGACGAGGGCGACGCCAACACCGGCGGAGAGAAUCACCAGCGGCGACGCUCCUCUUGGCAGGCGGCGGCCGCGGCAACGUCGACUAAACCUGCGACUGCUGCUGUACAGGAGGUCCGUCAGAUCGAGGAUGGUACCCGCUCACGACGAAGCAGCCAGAGACAUGUGCAACUAGGUUCGGCGCCCUUGGACGAAGCGCUCGCAGACCGGCCGGGCAAGUUGCACGGCCACCAUUACACGGUAGGCCCGACAUCCGGAGACUCAGCAAACGUUGCCGAGACAGUGGAUGGUAACACAGCGAGGAACACACCGGUAACGACUGCGACGGGAGCGGCAGGGGCUACCGGAGAAGUAGCAGGAGGAGGGACGUCAGCCAAUGCGGAUGGCAAAGGCGGCAACGAAGUAUAUUUCGCGUCUUCAUCGGAGGAAGAAAACGAAAACAAAGACGAAGACGCAGGUGCCGUAGCCAAAGAAAACACCCACCUCCCGACAGACGAAGCCGAAGGAAGGAGCCCCGGAGACAGCAGCGCGGAUGGUGGUGUGUUCGACAACUCUAGGCGGAGCUUUGGGACGUGGGGUAGCAGGAGCCGGAUAGAAGAGGAUCAGGCGGCCGCGGCCGCUGCUUCAGCGUUCGCUGGAGGGGUGGGCUGGCGGAAGCUUCGGCGCGAUACCGUAACGGCUUUGGUGCGGCAGCUCGGAAGAGCCACCGCGGAACGCGACAGGACAUUGCAACAGUCCUGGCCCCGUACAGACAAGGAUGGCGAAGACGGCUACCUCCCACCGUCGCCCCCGCUCCGGCAGCGACUUGACCACCACCACCGGCGGCAGUCAACACCGGCACCGUCGCCGGUAGCGGCCGCCACUGCCCCAGCCUCUUACCAUGACGCCGAAGGCGGCAGCGGUGCCUCCCUGGGCGAAGAGUUCUACGGCGGCGGCCGCCGUCGUCAUAGUGAAAGCAGUCGGCGGCGGAAGAGUGACGGCAGCAGGGGAAUUGUCGACAACAGCGGCGGCGGCGGCGGCGGGAGGAAAGCGGGGGAAGACAUUGGCAAAGUGCGCCUCGAGGCGAUCCAGGCGGCAGGUGGAAUGCCGUUCGGGUUUCCAGUAGACGACGGGUGUGGCGGUGAUAGCGAUGGCGGUUGUGGCGGCGUUGGAAAAGGUGGUGGCGGUGGCGGCCGCGGUGAAAAAGGCACUGGGGACCGGACCGCGGUGGGUACGGCUACAACAUCGGCAACAGCGAUAGCGCACGCGGGAAAGCCAGGAGGACAGGAAAACACACCGCCGGAACCGCGGCGGCAGGCAUCAGAGACAAGGAUAGCAGGGUUUGACUCCGAGGUAAGGCCUAUCUCCAUUUCGUCUCCGGUCGUGGGGCCGCGGGGAGAAAGGAACGGCCCCGGACACCCUGCCACGACGUCCGCGGCUGGGUCAGGGACGCGGCCAGGGGCGGGAGGUUCGGGUUGUAUCCCUCCGGGUGGGCAGCUGGGUUCGUCGAGGGUUGAAGCGGCGCGGUUUAGCGUGAUUUCUAUUCCGUCCCCCGCUGGCCAGUUCGGUUGCUCUCCGAUGCCGAGGAGCAUUCGUCAAGCGGCGUUACUCAUGCGGGGUGCCAUCAGGUCGCUCGUCCGUCUAGUGUUGCUCAAUGCAUGGAAGAGGUGGACACAGAACGAGCUGCCGCCCCUCUUGCCUCCGAAGGGACCAGCGGAACCUCCGUCCGAAACCACCGACCAAAGCCGCAGCGAGCGGCGGAGGCACGCAGGCGAGGCAGGCCUAGGCGUAAGUGUAGGGGAAGCCGGGGGGAAGGAGGGAGGCGGCGGGAACGUGGAUGCUCCCGCGGAGGAGGUGGACGCGGGGGCGGAAGAGGACGAGGCCAAAGAGGGCGUGUGGAGGCGAAGACAGGCCCUUCUUCCGCCGGGUGGUGGGAGCGGAGGAGUCGCUUUGCCUGACGACAACCGGCCGGGAAAUGGCGAGAGCGAACCGAGGGCAGCGAAACCGGGCGUUCCGGCGAAGGGCGACACGGCCGCCGAACCACCGCCGGCGUGGCGGGAGACGGAGGAGAAAGGAGAGGACGAAAGGGGGGGUCGCGAGAGGGUCCGGGGGACGGAUGAGAGGCAGAGGAAUAAGGAGAAUGACGUUCCGCUGUUGGUGACGACUGAACGGUUAACGCAGGAGGUGGCGCAGGUGAUGAGCACGGGAGGGGGAUGCCUCGGGGUAACCUGUCUUGAAGUAGCGCCGACCUGGCAAGAUCAGUGCGCCCGCAUGCCGGAAUGCGGCACAGACAAUUCGAACCGCCCGUUUCUGGGCGUGAGCGACGACGACGACGGGAGCACCAGCUACGGUGGUCCGCGAGGGAGGCAUUGUUCGAGCUCCGCUGCUGCGUCCGGGGCGGCGGCAGUCGCGGCGACGGCAGCAAGGGAGGCCCUGGAGGGGUGGACGAGGCCGGUGCUCGAGGGCGGCAGCGCGCGACUAGCGGAAGAUGAGCGCAACAAGUCUACCCCUUGGCGACCGCCGGGCAGCCCCGGCUCGGCCAACGUGGUAGGCACCGCGGUAGCGGCGACGGCGGCGGCGGCCGCGGCGAUGGCAAGGUCGGCGAGGCCGACAAUGAACCCUCACCGGAACAGAAUCAGCCGUAACAAGGGUGGUCCGACAAGGCAAGGCUCGGUGGAUAGGAGGGGUCCCCCCCGUGACGACGAUUUUUCCCACGCGGGAGGAGGUUGGGGAGACGGGCGGGUGGGGGGCGGGGAAGGAGGGUCACCGGUGUCCGUGGGAGGGGCUUACUACGAGGAGAGGUUGGUCGGGCGAAGCCAACGUACCUGGCACCGACGGCGAGCUCUCGUCACAAGCGGAGGCCAACCAACGCGGCCAACGCUGAGGCUCGCCCAACCCCUCGACAGGCUUCACCGCCGAAACGUCACGGCAGAAACUCGACCCGGGCUUCCUCGGGCAAAGGGAUCCAAAACCGUACACCACCGACGGCACAACCACGACCGGUCUUCCGGCCUUCGGGAAUAG